AAGCAAUUUCCCAGAAGGGGAGAAACACCCACUUCGGCACAAACCCACAACUGACACACACUCUGAAGCGCUAGACUCUGAUUUGACAAACACGGAAUAACGACUCGCGCGAUUGAUCUGAGACUCGCGCUCCGAGAACAAACGGUCGAUCUGGCCAGUGGUUUCUCUUUUUUACACUCGUGCAAUCAUGGCCGCGCCUUUAUCGCCAACCCCGAGCGCGGCGCUGAACUACUCGACGACCCCGGGGAGCCUACGCCACGGAUCAUUCGACGCCCGGGAACCCGCCGACAACACCGAGAACCGCAAUAAUAACGAUGACGAAGGCGACAGCUCCUCUCCGUUUCUGUCACACAUCAGGGAUGAAAUCACCUCUCCGACCCAGCGCGGUCCCUCACCGCCAAAGGCUCGUCCGGGAUCCCGCAUAAUCUCGGGCAGCGGACUCUCACCGCUCAAGAUACUCCAGCAGCACCAGCAGAGCCAGAUCGAGGCACAGACCCAAAACCAGUCGUCGUCGCCACAACCCGCCGCCGAAGAAGUAUCAUCGCCCGCCAAGAGCAUGGCCCCGCCGCCGUUACCGCAGAGUCCGCGGAAGUCGGCCCCGAUUAAGCGGUUCCCCGUCAAGGUCAGCCAGCCGGGGUCCGCCUCCAGCGAGUCGCCGCGACGGUCCUCGGAGGAGCGGCGCUCCUCGGGCGAGCGCCAGGCGAGCUUGCCGGAAGUACGGGAGGACCGGGAGAAUGAGGGGUUGAAGCACGUUAUUGAUAUUUUCGAGGACGAUGACCAUGCGAUGAAUGACGGGCCGGAUGGCGUCGAUCAUGACGGCGACCACACCAUGUCAAUGGGGCACGAGGCCGCGCACGACGAGAGCCGGAUUGCCGAAGAGGACCACUCCGCGGCGGAUGAUACCAUGAUGAGCACGUUUAGUGCGUUCUCGACCGUGCCAAACCUCACCACAUUCGCGAAUACGCGCAGCGACAGUCCAACCAAGUUCUCGACCGCGGGUGGGUCGACCCCGAGAGCCAGCGGCAGGCCAGAGGACUCAUCGGCGUCGAGGACACCGCGGGGCAACGGGUCAUACGACGGCGGCAACACUACCACUAACCUUAUGGAUUUCACUGAUCAGAUGCGGUAUGGGAACUACGGCGCACAACCAACACCUUCGCGGCGCGGUGGCCAGGUGGCGCCGUCGGCAAGGACGCCCAACGCGGUCGGCACGCCGCAACGCAACAAUCUCGUCAACCUGCUCGAUUUCGACAUUCCCCCGGCACCAACCCCGCGUAGCAUCCCCACCAUCACCCCCCGCGAGCUGGAGUCGCUCAAGUCCGGCUUCCUCUCCGAGAUCAGCAGCCUGAAGGCCUCGCUCAGCGGCAAGGAGGCCGAGGUGCUGUCCCUCAAGACGGCCGUCGGCGACGCCGAGAAGCGGGUAGGCGAGUGCUUGGAGCAGCUGCGCGAGGUGGAGGGCGUGCAGGGCGCGCUCCAGACGGAGAAGGACAGCUGGGAGCGACGCGGGCGCGAGAUGGAGACGGUGCUGCGCAAGGUCAGAGAGGAGAUCGUCAUGAGCCAGCGUGAGCGCGAGGAGCUCGAGUUCAAGCUCGACGAGGCCGAGAAGCGCCGCGAGGCCGCCGAGAUGAUGGCGCAAGACGCCGAGAGCAAGAUGGCGGGCAUGCGCGCCGGUAAGGCCAGCGCGGAGGCCGCCGCUGCGGCGGCGGCGUCGGGAGCCGAGAACCGAUCCCCCGUUCCCUCGAACAAGGAGGUUGAGAUCGCCGUCGAGCGCGUUGCGCGCGAGCUGCACGCGCUCUACAAGAGCAAACACGAGACCAAGGUGGCCGCCCUGAAGAAGAGCUACGAACACCGCUGGGAGAAGCAAGUGCGCAAGCUGCAGGCGCAGGUCGACCAGCUUAACCACGACAACGACGAGCUCCGCCAUAGCAACAACACGCACAACCGCGGCGGCAUCGACGCGGCGCGGCUGGCCGAGAUGGAGGAGGAGCGGCGCUCGGACAAGGCGCGCGACGCCGCGCGCGUGCGGGAGCUUGAGGCCGAGGUGGAGAAGGUCGAGGCCGUACUGAAGACGGUGCAGGCGGACAACGCCGACCUGCGCGUCCUGCUGGAGCGCGAGCGCGUCGAGAAGGGCGAGCUGGUCAUGCUCGCCGAGGAGAUGAUGAGCAUGCAGCAGAGCCUUGUCGCGAGCGUGCCCGAGGAGCCCGAACCCGCGCCCGCGCCCACUCCCGCGCCCACACACCACGUGCAGCAGCAACAGCAACACCAGCAGCAGCAGCAACACUACCAACCGCAGCAGCAACAACAACACCACCAACAACAGCAACACUACCAAGCCCCCCCAUCGGUAGGCGCGAAGACGCCCAAUAGGAGACAGUCGUCCUCGCUCGCCACCGGCGCGCGCACGCCCGGCACCGCAGCGAGCAACGGCUUCCGCAUGUCGGCCGGACCCAACGCCCUCCGCGCCUCGGGCCUGCGCGCCCCCGGCGCCAUGGGCUUCGGCGGCAACAAGCCCUCGGGCAUCAGCGGCCCCGCCGAGAGCCGCAUCGGCCGCAUGGCGCACGAGCGCACCAAGAGCGCGGCGGUUAUGGGUGCGCAUGGGUCUGGCGGUAGUGGCAUGCCGCGGCCGGGGUCGGGGCAGGGGUUGAGGAGCGGGAUUAUGAGCUCGAUUGAGAAGAUGGGGAGUGGUGGUGGUGGUGCGGGUGGUGGGAGUGCUGGGCUGCUGAUCAUGAGGAGAGAGAAGAAGAAGGCUGUAUGA